AUGUAUAUGUUAAAUUUGUCAAAUGAACAAGAGGCUAAUAGUUUAGGUCACAAAUCCAAGAACAAAGGGUACCCAAAAGUUGCAUAUGUAAUAUGGAAAAAUUUUUGUAGUGGUAUUGCUAAUGAAGAUGUUUUAGAAGGUGCAGCUUUAUACGAUAGACUUGAUGAAGUAUUUCUGGAUGAAAAUUUAAUGGAUGACAUCCUGGGAAUUCAAAAUCAAGAAUCAGAUGUUGAACUUAUCCCAUCAAUUUAUAUGCAGGAUAUAGAACCAGCACCGAUUAGCUUCCAAGAAAUAUCAGAAGAAGAUGAACAGUUUGAGAUUGUUCCAGAGAUUGAGGAUAAUAUGGUAGAGCUAAACACUUCAAAUAAUUCAUUGUUGAGAGAAUUAAUGGCAAAAUACCCAGAGGUAGCCAAUGAGAGGAUUAUUAGUUUGCAAAACCUUCACCCGGAGUUGCAUUUUCCAUCACCUGUUGACGAUGAAGCUGCUGAGAAUAUACAGUUUACUGAGGACAACGAUAUGAACCCAGUUGUUGCUGACGUUGAUAUCCCCCCUGUAAUUUUAUCCAAUGAUCCACCACCACUACAUAUUUAUGAAGAAGCACCAACCUAUAAAUAA